UUCCAUAUCGAAUGUCAAGACGUCGUUAAAUCGGUAUUCCGCGUACAUCUUGAUAUCGUUCGGUCAAAGUCGGGCUUUGUCAACAUGCGGCGUUCAACGUUAGAACCAAUUUUAGGGUAUUUCUAUUUUCCCCUAGAUGUUUUAGGGAUAUUUUUUUUCUUUUGCUGAUUUUUUUGUUUUUGUUUGAAACUUUGUUUACUUUAUGAUGUAGGUAUGUUGUAAUUAUAAUUAUUUUUGUGAUAAAUGAAUAUUGCUGUUAAAUUAAAUUCAGAAUUUGUUAAAUAUAAUAUCAAUCUGUGAUUUGGCCGUGCCGGGUUGUGCCUAAAUAAUAUAUACAUAUAUGCCUAUAUAGAUAUAUACAUAUCAGUUAUGGAAUAUUAAAUAUUUAUGUACAUUAAGUAAAAAUUAGUACUAUUUAAAUAUAGAGAUAUACCCAUAAUAACAUAAUCUGCAAUGAGGGUGACUUCGCAACACUGGGAAGUUUUCAUUGCAAUUUGCGAGACACACCCCAAUCUCGUAACAAAUAGGUUUAAUGGGGCCCAGGGCAAGGCAGAAGGAAAUGCUUUGUGGGCAAAUGUUGCCAACAAAUUAAAUGGACUAGGCUUAGGGGAAAAGUCCAUUGUGGAAUGGAGAAGGGCUGUUACCGAUUGGAAAUGCAAAGUUAAAAGUAAAGCGUCUAAACUAAGGCAAUCUGCAUUACAAACUGGUGGUGGCUCCUCCAAUAUUCCUCCUUUAACACAUAUAGAAGAGAAGUUGAUAGCAAUAAUGGGAAGAAAAGGCUUUGAGGGGGAUAAUGGUAUCAAGGAAUUAGGUAUUCCAACAAUAAAAACAUCUGAACCAGUUGAAGUGACUGAAAAUGUAAUUGAAGAAUUUGACUUUGAUGAUGGUAUACCUACACUAAUAAAUUCAGAUAUUGACAGCUUUACAAUGCCGGUAGCAUCUUCAACAAUACCUAUUACCACUUCUACAUCUCAUGCUAAUAGCAAUGAAUUUCUAAAAAAAGUACCUAAACGUAAACAUGACAGACUAUCAACAGCCAUAAAAUUUGGAGAAGAGCACGAUUAUUGCGAUGAAAAUAAUUCGCCCGUCCGAGGCAAAAGAACCAAAAUACAAAAUAUUCCAAGGAUAUCACAAAACAUCGAAAAUAUGACUUCUGAAUCACUAACUAUAUUAAAAAAUAUAGAUCAAAACACUGCGAGGAUUGCAGAUAGCUUUGAAAAACUAGUCAAUCAUUUAAUUCAGAAACCAAAUAAUUAA